GAAUCGCUACUCACUGGAUCUAUCUUUGGUACACACUGGCGGCGCAAUAUCUCCUACUGCAACCUCCCGUGGAACACCAGUGGGGUGGAUUGUAGAGAUACUGUACGGAUACCCGCGCGGUGGUCGGGGUUGGACCUGGUAGCAUCGUUGCGCAGCGAACCACCCCUAGCUUUGUUCGCGCUGUGAGAUAUUGCUUUCGCGGAAAGGUGCAGCUCUUCCUCUGUGGAAUUGCGAACUUCUACAUUGGUUUCCCCACCCUCGCGACAACCAUAAUCGCUUCACCUACCCAUCCAAGCGACCACAAGUAUCGGUCCGAAAAAGCUCUCCGACUCCAUGGAAACAGUAGAAGCCCCUCAUAGGCAGAGUAUUGGCUUGCCCCCAAUCAGCCAGUUAGGUGCCGACAAAAUCAAGCGAGAAGAGAUGGAUUAUCAAAGGAAACAUUCCACGUCUUCCAUGCCCAGCCCGUUACAUCCCUUCAAUAGGCCUUCAAACGCCUACGGCAAUCACCAACCAUCAAAUGCGGUCACACUUCCUGGGGCCCUAGGUGGUCUGUUAUCUCCACCCGAAUCACGAAGAACAUCAGAUAACGAGCAGAAAGACCAACGACCACCGGCACGACAAUCCCUCCCAUCCAUCCAUGAAGCACUGGGAUCGGAACAGCCCUUGCCGUAUCCGCCUCUCCCUCCUUCUGCGCCUGAAACAGCGCCUCCGCCUUUUCCUCCCCCACCUUCGACCGCAACAACAUCGCCGGCUGAGCCGAGAAGUCGAAAUUUCUCCGUUGACCAUGCCAAUCAUCCUACCGGUCCUCCGAACCCUUUCUCGCAUCCCCGAAGCCCUUUCAUGAACUCGAAUUCUACAGCGCCACCUCCACCUUCGGAUCCACUGGCACGAUCUUCAUUCUCAUCGCAACCUAGUUCCAAACUCCCUACUCUUCAUCCUCUGCGCACAACUCAAUCUCCUACGGGGACUCCACGGCCUUAUCCGCCUCCGCAACCAUCUUCUGCGCUCGAAUCCGGUGCUCAUUCGGCAGGACCCGCAAACUCGCAAUAUGGCUACUCGCAAUAUCCACCCAACUAUCCCCUCUCUGCACCUGCCCCCACCGGACCUAAUUCUGCCUAUCCUGCGUCGGCCACUGCCUACUCAGCUCCUCCGCGCUACCCUCCCCCUUCAUGGAGGGACUCCAGUGAUCCAAACCGACCCGAAGACAGAAAAUUGGGAAGAUCCAAUCUAGCGCCGUUCGGUGAAUCGGUGAAGCGACAUCUCGACAGCUUUGAUAUGGAAGCUUCGCUCAACCAAUUGGCGGAGGGUGCUGGCCGCAUCACCGACUUUUCCAAAGUGUACAGGCAGCGAGCACACGAGCAUUCUCGCACCGGCAUAACCCCGCAAUCCAUGCCUAGGCUCGAAGAAGUGGAUGAAAUGGUCAAACAGGGCGAACAGAUCCAGCUUUCUCUCCAGAGGAUGCGUGAGAUGGUUUUUAGUCACCAACAGGCGAGCCUUGUAGAACCGCCUCGAGAGGCUCAUUACAGGCCGGUAAAUAAUUUCGAUCACGAAUCACCACACAAUGCAUUCCACGAGGACACUAAAGCCGGAGGUGGAUUUGCAGGAGCAGAACUGAAGAAGCGCCGGCCGCGCGCCGCACCUCCAGGCAGAUGCCAUAGCUGCAACCGCGCAGAGACUCCAGAAUGGCGUCGAGGUCCUGACGGAGCACGGACACUCUGUAAUGCAUGUGGAUUGCAUUACGCAAAAUUGACUCGCAAGAUGGGUGGCAACAAGGCCAUGGCGAGCUCUAACCUCCGACCGAAAUCGUUAGGGGAAGGAUCUCCUGCUGCGUAACGCAACUUCUACGAUUAUCACCGCAUCGUUCACUUGACUUUUUUCCUUUUACACACAGUUCUGCACAUUGCAUCGAUACACCCUGCCGCACAUAUCCAUUACAUCCACACGAAAGUUGGAUACAUCUUACCACUGUUGAUGAUUUCAC